AUGGAUCCAGACGCGGGGUUGGCGUUGCCGCAGGCCAAGCCGCAUCCCGCCCCCGAGCCGCCGGUUGACGGGCUCACACUCCACCGCCGCGAGGCCGCGCGGCGCGACUCGCUCCUGAGCAGGGGCAACCUCGCCACCGGGUGCGGCGAGAUCGACGACGAGGUCCUGGCCGGCGGCGGCUUCGAGCGCGGCUGCGUGGCGGGCGUCAGCGCCGAGCAGGAGGAGUUUGGACUGCUGAUUGGUCUGCAGACUGUUGCUCGCCUACUGGUCGCUGCUCAGCUGGAUGGUGCCACCGCCGCCACCACUACAACCACACCGGCGGCCCCCUUGCCCCGGGCCAUGAUAAUCACCACACUCGACAUGGCGGCGCUGCUGCCCACGCUCUCCGCAGUGCUCGAGGUCCAGGCGGACAUGCUGCUGCUGCGGCUGCGGCUCGCGGGCGGGGAGGAGGACCCGGCGCGGGUGCGGGCCGUCGCGCGGUCGUGUCUGGAGCAGAUCUCCAUCUCGCGCGUCUUCGACCUUGAGGGGCUGUGGGAGGUGCUGCAGGAGGAUCUGGUCCCCGAGGCGGCCGUUCCUGUGGACGCGGGCGCGUCGCCGUCGCCCGUAGCGCCAGGAGCAGCAGGCUCAGGCGCUGGCGACACCCCUGCCGAUGCGACAACUACAUUGCAGGAGAAUCCGCGACUGGAGCCGGGUAGCAUCGCUACCGAGGGUCAACAAAGCUCUCCGGCAUCAGAAGCAGCGGUGGAUGGGGCUGUCGAACGCUCGUCUCCGCCGCUUAAACUCCCGACUGCCAAAGCCACUACAAAAAGGACGGAGAUUAUGGACAGCGAGGAUGAAAUGAGCUCGUUGUCUUCGAGCUCCUCGGGACUCUCGUCUCCCCCAGCAUCACCGCACUCUCCCGCGGGCGCUCCUGUCGCCGAUCAGAGUGAUGUACACCAACCGCCUGCCGAAACACAGGAACCGUCGUCAUCUAGAUCAUCGUCACUGUCACCGCCGCCUAGCUCAACCAUACCCCCAGACGUACGGACAGCAUCCCCUCCACCUCCAACACCGCUAACGCUGCCAACGCUGCCAACUCUGCCAACAUUACCCCCGACCACAGUCCCAAACGACAAGACGGCGGCACCGAGGCCCAUCUCGACGACCCCGGACGUGAUACUGGUGACGCACAUGUCGGCGCUCAUGACGGCGCUGUUCCGGCGGCGCGACAAGCAGUCGGCGCACUCGAUGCUCGAGCUCCUAGCCUCGCGCCUGCGGCACGUCUCGCGGUCGCCCGAGCACGGCUGCCCGCUCGUCAUGCUGCUCAACGGCACCAACUCCCCCGUCACGAUGCCGAGGGAGCAGAGCCGCCAGCAGCAGCACCACCCCCGCCAGCAUGAGGACGGCCCGCCGCCGCCGCAACCGCCGCGGUACGAGGGAGACCCCGGUGGGGGCAGGGGCGGCAGUAGUAGUGGCAGCAGUCAACGGCCCCUGGGCCCGACGCUCCGGUCUAUUUUUAACCUACCCCACGUCGUCCCAGACCCUGGGCACAACCGCUACGGCCAACACGGCCGCAACGAUGAUGACGGGCGGGGAGGGGGUGGCGAUAACGCGCCGGCGACGCGCCGCAACAAGCCCGUCUACGGCCUCGUCUUCACGCAGCUGCUGGACCUGCACCUCCUAGCGACACUGGUGCCCCGCGGCCCCGAGGACGCCGAGGCGGCGCUGCUGUGGCGCGCCGCGGCGGCGGCGGCGAGGUACUGCUGGGUCGUCGAGGUGCUGCUCGACGAGCCGGGCGCCUGGCGCGGCGGCGGCGCGGGCGGGCCCCGGAUCUGUCGGGAGCAGAGGUGGGGGGCCGUCGAGGUCUGGGGCGGCGGGGUGCUGGUGGCGGACGCCUUUUGA